AUGGCCGACCAGGAAGUCGAUCUGGACUCAAUCAUCGACCGCCUCUUGGAGGUGAGGGGUAGCCGCCCUGGAAAGCAGGUUCAGCUGCUUGAAUCCGAGAUUCGUUAUCUCUGCACCAAGGCUCGUGAGAUCUUCAUCUCUCAGCCCAUUCUGCUGGAGCUGGAAGCGCCCAUCAAGGCUAACUACCUCUUCCUCGGUGACUAUGUCGACCGUGGCAAGCAAUCUCUCGAGACUAUCUGCCUUUUGCUCGCUUACAAGAUCAAGUACCCCGAAAACUUCUUCAUUCUGCGUGGCAACCACGAGUGCGCCUCGAUCAACCGUAUCUACGGUUUCUACGAUGAAUGCAAGCGUCGUUACAACAUCAAGCUCUGGAAGACUUUCACCGACUGCUUCAACUGUCUCCCCAUUGCCGCCAUCAUUGAUGAGAAGAUUUUCACCAUGCACGGCGGUCUGAGCCCCGACCUCAACUCGAUGGAGCAGAUCCGUCGUGUCAUGCGCCCCACGGAUAUCCCCGACUGCGGCCUCCUUUGCGAUCUCCUGUGGUCCGACCCGGAUAAAGAUAUCACUGGCUGGAGCGAGAACGAUCGCGGUGUCUCAUUCACAUUCGGCCCCGAUGUGGUUUCACGCUUCUUGCAAAAACACGACAUGGAUCUGAUCUGCCGUGCACACCAAGUUGUUGAGGAUGGAUAUGAAUUCUUCUCCAAGCGUCAGCUGGUCACACUAUUCAGUGCUCCCAACUACUGCGGUGAAUUCGACAAUGCAGGUGCAAUGAUGAGCGUAGACGAGAGUUUGCUCUGCUCCUUCCAGAUCCUGAAACCAGCCGAGAAAAAGCAAAAGUACGUUUACGGUGGCAUGAGCGCCGGCGGUCCCGUCACUCCUCCGCGAAAGCAAAAGAAGAAAUAA